AUGGUUAUCGUAAACUUCUUCGAUGAGCUUUCUCAAGAUUUUAAUCGGCUUCUUAGUGAUACCAAUAAUUAUGAUACUGUCAUUCAAGCUGGCAAAAAGCAUAAUCUCAAAGAAUUCAAAGUUCUUUCGCAUGUUUUGCGUGCAAGAUCCCCUUAUUUUAAAAAAACUUUAUCGGACAAAGGUGCAAAAAAUAAAAAAGAUGCAGUGGUUCUCUUAAAGAUGAAUAUUCCUCCAAAUAUUUUCUUUGUGAUCAUUCGGUAUAUCUACACGGGAACUCUUGACCUAACUGAUAAAUCGGGAUCCAAUAUUCUAGAUCUUCUUGUUGCUGCCGACAAAUUAAUUCUCAAUCAAUUAAUUAAUCACAUUCAAAAACAUCUCAUUAAAAAUGAAUCUGCCUGGUUGCACAACAAUAUCGUCGACGUUCUGCACACAGUAAUUAAACUCCAGAGUUGUAUGCCAAUUCGAAAUUAUCUCUUGGGUCUUAUUUGUAAAGCUCCACAUAUAUUAUUCGAUUCAGGAGACUUUACGACUGUCGAUAAAAAUAUUUUAUUGAGAAUUAUCAAGAGUGUCGAUUUAAACUCUGAAGAAAUUUAUAUAUGGAGGAGUUUGAUUGAAUGGGGAACAACUCAAUUAUGUGACUAUCUUAAAAGAAAUCCCGAAGAGUAUCCUAUUACUAAAUGGAAUGAUAAUGAUUUCAAGACUCUCAAAAAAUUCUUGGGCCCUUUCAUACCAUAUAUUCGAUUUCAUGAAAUGUCUUAUGAAGGUUUUCGUUAUAUUGUUAAACCAUAUAAAAAAGCAUUACCUGAAAAACUUUAUCAAGAAUUGGAGUCUUAUUUUAUAGCUGGUUUAAAACCACAAUGCUCUAAAUUGCAGCCUCGCAUUAGUAUUGAUUCUGUUAUCAUUGAAAGAAAACAUUUAGCAACUAUUUCUAGCUGGAUCGAAAACAAAUUUGAUAAAUUUUCUUGCGAUUUUAAACUCUCUUACCGAGGAACACGAAAUAAAUUUAAUUUCAACUCAGUUAACGACAUAUACGAUUGUAAUGUUGCAACUCUAUUGUUAAUUAAGGUCAAGAAUUCUGACUUAAUAAUUGGUGGAUAUAAUCCUACAAGUUGGAAAGUUAUUUAUGAUGAUUAUAUUGAAGAACAUGAAGAAUCUGAUGAAGAAGAUGAAUAUCUUUGGACACCAACUUUAGAUAGAAAAGAUUCUGAUACACAUAAAUUAAGUCUUGUGGAAUACCCUGAUAACGCAAUUUAUAAUUAUAAUUAUGAUGAUUUAUUUUGUGAUAUGCCAUAUAUGAAUUUCGGAGGUGGUGAUUUGGAAUUAAAUGGGAAGCGUGUGAGUUGCUCGAAAUCUAAUUAUGAAAUGCUGUUUGGCGUUGAUGUUUACUUUGAUGCUGAAGAAAUUGAGAUAUUUAAAGUAAAGAAAUUAUUAUCAGAUUAG